UGGCAAGGUAUAAGUGGCCGUCGAUUAAUUAAUAGUCCCUAAACUAAAAAGAUAAAACGAGACAUCUUAAUAAUUAAAUACUACAUCAAUACUGCACUUAGCAGAUGGAUCCAGGCCAAAAACUGGUUUAAUCACCACUCUCUUUAAUUUUACCCGUAUGAAUGCACAAUAAAUAUGCCCAAGCAAUAGCUCAUUUAUUUCCCUCAGGUUCGAUUGAGUCUGACCGUAAAUCAUUAGUAUUUCAGAAAACUGAAUUAUAUUCAGUUUAGCAGUCACAUGUAAGGAGCCCGGCCCCGGACUCUUAAGGCCGGUAAUGUUGGCGUUCUCGGGGGACGUCAGUAUUAUUACUAGAAUUCGCAUAUAUUAUUGCUUUUCAUCUUGCGGUGCGUCUUUUAAAAUAGACGUUUCCUUGAACAAAAAAGUACACUUGUUUUACAGGCUUACUUGAAAUUGAAGUUUAGCUCGACUCUUAUAAGUAAAAUCUUUUUUAAGCAGUUUUAUUUAGUACUUACAAAAACACUUAUGAAUUAUAAAUUGCUUUGCAUGGGAGCUGUCAUCGCAAAAGAGUUUUACAACUAAACAAACUAAAUUAAAAACGGAACAACCUCUCUAUAAGGCUGACACUUAAUAGUCGGCACGUACAGGUAGCACAGUGAAGAUCACAAUCAUCCAAAAAUUUUCCUUCGAUGGCAGCUUCACGGCUCAUUCGUUUGGUUUUUCUGACUGUUAAUGUUCUGAUGGCAGUGGUACUGGUGAUAUCCAACUCGGACUUCUGUGCCAGCGUUUUUGAAACUCAAACAGGUAAAUUAACUCCUGCGGCUUUAUAAAACGGUUUUCUAAAACGUUUUCUAAGAUGCAAACAAACUACCGUUUUUAUUUUUUUUUGUUUUUUUUUUUUCAAAGUUUAGUUUUCAGUAGACUCUUUUAUUACAUGUUUUAAAUGGUCAUUGUGAUAAAUCUGAGAUGACAAACUCGGGCAUUUUAAAAGCAUUAGUUUCCUCUUAUCGACUUUAUCUGAUGUUAAAAUUGCUUACAACUUUUAUCACUUUUUUAACUUCUGACGAUUCGCGCUUGUAUCAAAUCGCAAUUUUGCAAGCGAGUAUAUCUCUUUAUCGUAAAAGAUUAUAAAACUGUUCAGCUAAAAAAUGAAUUAAUGUAUGUCCUAGCUUCAUGUUAAACUCCAUUGUAUUUUGCUUAUUCCCCUGUUUUAUAUUACUUCAUGUUUCAGACCAUGUUUUAGUUGGUCAUGUCAUGAGUACAUCAACUGUUGCUGACGAGUUUGAAUGUCACCAAAAAUGUCUCAGAAAUAACAGCUGCAAGUCGUUUAAUGUUGAUCCUGGUGCAGAUAUUGCAAAACGACUUUGUGAGCUGAACAACAAAACACGGAAGAUGAAGCCGGACGAUUUCAUUAGGAAGAAAGGAUCUUCUUAUUAUGGACAAGUUAAGGUCAGAUCCACUGUUUGAACAUAAACUAUCGCUUUUUUAUAAAACUGUUAUUUAAAAAAACUCUAAACUCUAAACAACUAAUUAGGGACCUUAAGAUCAGACGACGGCGACGGCAACGAGAACGUCAUAAAAGCAAUAGGUUUUUAAAACAAGCAAGUUAUUAAAAUAAGAAAAACAACAAGAAAAAAACAACUUUCCUCGUGCAUAACACUUUUUUGUACAUUUCUUUACGUUUUGCACGACAAUGACGUUAAAAUGCCUAAUUUCAUGUUUUAUAGAGGAUGUCAUUAAAACAUUCAAGCAACGACGAGAUUUUCUCUCUCUUUCUUACCUUGGGUAAGGUUCUUAGGAAUUCAACUCCAGGAGAGUUCGUGUACAUUCGACAAAGUAAGCGUGAUGGAACAAUCGCGAUGACGAUGGAAAACCGCGAAAACAUUUUUAAGCGACGUUUUACCUGCUGUCGCCGUCCUCGCAUCUUAAGGUCCCUAUUAAAACAUUUGUUUACGACGUUCACACCCUGUUCGGUUUUCUCGGAAUAUUAAGAGACAAGUAUUUAAUUUCUUAGAUUUUUCGGCUCAAAUUCUAUGGAGUUUUGAGAUCAGCUUCUUACGAAUUACUUGAUAUUAUUCGAAUUUAAGUGGUUAUCUUUGCAGAACUCUAAUAUCGUAAAUAGUACUUUUGGCGACAUUUUCUUUUAAAUAAUGUUUUUGGCACCGGUUUGCCUGUGUCUUAGUAACGUAUAUGUUUUUACCCACACGGAAAAUAUCGCGUAUGGCAGGGUAUAAAAAGAAGGUAUAUCAAUAUAUUUAACAAUCAUCAUGAGUAUCAUAUAAAAAUUAUAUAGAUCGAGGAGGGUGUUAUCCGCCUCGACCGUUAGCCACUGAGUCAGAAACGGAGAAAUAUUUUGAAUGAAUAAUAAUUAUUUAUAUUACUUCUAAAGCAAACAAAAGUGGUAAUAACUAAAGCACAUAAUGACGUCAUCUAUAGCUGUUAUCUAUUGUUUGAUGUUUCUCAUUUCAAUUCGUUAUUUUCUUCUCAGGUUUCCUACCAACAUCUGCCCACCAACAAGAAAAAACAAACUGGUCAUUGUCAUCCGGACUACAAAGGGAAAAGAUGUGAAAUUCGUGAGUAACGCUCGUCUAUUUUUGAAUUUGAUUUUACUAUUGCCUCGCGGAGGAGCAAAUAUUUACCAUAUAUAGUCAUUUUUUUUAUUAUCUGCUACAGCAAAGCCGGCUACAGCAAAGCCGCGAGGCUGGAAUUCAAGCUGCCUGCUUAUUCCUGUAAGAGCAUCCGGGACUCUGGUGACUCUAAAGGAGACGGGAGGUACUGGAUCGACCCUGAGAACAGUGGAAACCCGUUGAACGUUUACUGCGACAUGACAACUGACGGAGGUGAGAUCUAAUCUUGAAAGUCUGAAAUUGUUGUAAUACAUUCGUCAGAUGAACCCACAUAACUUCCUCAUACAGAAUAGGGAAUAAUUUAUGCUAAGUAGGUUCCUAAUUUGGUCCUUAAUUUCUAUGAAGGGAAAAAAUAGAUUGUUGAUUACCAGAAAAAUAUAUUAACACGAGUUUGGUCCUUACGACUGAGGUUUUUAGUCACAAUUUUAUUUUUAUGACCGUAACAAAACUGAUUACCGAAUUUAUAUACAGUUUGGUACAGUAUCUUCUUGUUAUACUUUCACUUUUAAUUGCUUAUCAUAAUUUAACUGUACCACAUAUUAGAACCGUCUUGAUCUUGCUUAGCUAAACAGGUUCUUGUGUUUUGGGGUUUUAAAGGGGCAAAUGUCGGCAAGAAGGUUCUUAAUCCAUCAGGGUUUUUUUUACGCGAGUGUUUACUGUAUAUGUUUCUUUGAAAUGUCCUGGUGAAUAAUUUUCGCAACAUUAUUAUGCCUUUGAGGGUAAUCCAUCUUACUGCACUCGCAAAUGAGAUGAUUUCGUGUCGCAUCUUCAUCUCCACACAAUCUGCAGAGGGGAGACACAUCCUGUUUUUCAAUGGAUGUCUUGAUUACAUUCGUCCUCAGUGCCUGAUCUUGUGUGGCAGUUAUAAGCCCUUCGGUCUCUUUCUUCCAAUCCCCCUUCUUCAACCAAUCCCAUGACCUCUUAGCCUUGACUUGUUCUGUUUGACGCAAUAUCUGGCCAUGAAGGAAAUUGUCUUCCACUUCUUAAUCUUCUCAAAAGUUUCCUCCUUCUCAUCGUCUGUUUGUGGGGGGUUCCUCAUUUUCUUUCUUAUCUCUUCAAGUUCUACUGUUUUUUGCAGUGGUUCCGAGAUGUUUUGAACGCAAUAGGCCAACUUCAUCUCUUCAUCGAGAACACACUCUUCCAGGCCAUUCAAUAUACAGCCCCCGGAAAGUCGUCGAAAGUAGGAUCGGGCAACAUCAGCUCGUGGAUAAAACAUAACAUAAACAGUUAACUGUUUAUGGUUAUCUUUUUUUUUUUUCUAUUUCUAUCCAUGGCUUCUAGUUCAGCUUUACUUUAGUUUACUUCUUCAGUUCCAUGCCAGACAAGUGACAGAGCCUAUGAAUUUGUUGCAAGUACAGUAUUUUCCCACUGACAUUGGACUGUAUUUAGUCUCCGGAAAUAUUCUUUCUUCAUAACGUUUUUCUUGUGCCCUUGAAAUAGAUCGUCAUAUUCCAGAAUUCCCAGGUUCUUAUAGCCGUCUUCUUCCGCUGAUUUCAUUUUGCGAUUAUCAGGCGAGGUAAUCCCCACAAUUUUCUUAACAUUUUCCCUCUUUAACGCCACGCCUUUUCAUACCAAACGUCAUGCCUAUAUCCGGUAAUGAACACCGCGUGUAUUGACCAGUGAGUGAAGCUCACGUUCAUCCUUCCCGUACAGCUUCAAGUCAUCUAUAAACAGUAAAUGAAUGAUUGACUCCUCUUUCUUGUCUAACUAGUAUCUUCCUUAUGGAUUUUAUUAUUAUUAUUGUUAUUAUUAUGUAAAAUUUAGCACAGUGAUUUUCCCUGGGGAGAAAUAUCCAGUCAAGUCUCAUCCCGAGACCUCAGACUUCCAGCACCUUUCUGAGGAAAUGUGCCGAUCCGAGGAGUGCCGACUUUUGCAUCGUUCUUGUUCGGUUUUUAAUUCCUAGUUGCUCCAAGUGGCCUGCCAGCUUCUUUGACACUGAACCCAAUGCACCUACAACCACUGGCACCACUUUUGUCCUUGAUUUCCAGAUCCUUUGAAUCUCUCUUGCCAGGUCUUGGUACUUUUCACACUUUUCAGUUUCUUUCUGCAGUAUAUUACUAUCUCCGGGAACAGCUAUGUCCACAAUGAUUGUUUCCUUUGCCUUCUUUUUCUGAAUUACAAUGUCUGGCCUCCUGUGAUGGAUUUCACGGUCUGUUUGGAUGGUAAAGUCCCAUAACAGUUUAACCUCCUCAUUCUCUUCUACGCUUUUGGGGGAAUGCUCAUACCAUUUGUCACUGCACUCAACUCAUUAUUAUUAUUAUUAUUAUUGUUAUUGUUAUUGUUAUUGUUAUUGUUAUUGUUAUUGUUAUUGUUAUUGUUAUUGUUAUUGUUAUUGUUAUUGUUAUUGUUAUUGUUAUUGUUAUUGUUUUUGUUAUUGUUAUUGUUAUUGUUAUUGUUAUUAUUAUUGUUAUUAUUGCUGUUGUUGUUAUUAUCAUUACGUGAUAACGGGGGUUAACAGAGGUCCAGAAGCAUUGUUGCGGGAAAGGCUCUCACGAUGUCUAGCUAAAAUGGACUGAGCAAAUGAACAGAGAUGUUUUGGAUUGUAAGAGACGGGCCAUUAGAAUGGACCCACCAGAAAACCUACCGCGAAACGGGAAUGGUAGAAAGAGAGGCUCGCUGGGAACGCUGCUGUUUGGUGCAGUUGAGGAUGUGCACGAGUCAAAUUAUAAUGAGAUCGCUAGUGAUUUGAUUAAAGAAGCAGCACUAAGAACGAGAGGCGCUGUAGGUCCCUGGAAUGUAGACGCUAUGGCUUUCAAAGGAUCCUUGCUAACAAGUCAUUCAAAAUUCUGGCUCUAAUUUGUGCGACGCUCUUGUUAAUCAAACCUAAUAGAAUUUCGAAAUAUUUUCAGAUAAAAGCAACUUCUUAAAUGUCUAUAGAGUGCGUUUUGAAGAAUAUGGGAACUGGUGUUUCCAGUUUGAGAUUCUUCAGGACUAGAAGUCCAUGAAGAUCUUGCUGAAAAUAGCGUGAUUUGAAAUAUCUUAAAACUUUGUGACAGUUAAUAUCAAUCUGCAUUAUUGACGGUUGACGGUAAAAAAUACCCUUAUGACGGUUGACGGUUAAAUUUUUUGCCGUUUCGCGGCUGACGGUUAACCCUACUGAAACGGCCCGUGGCAUCUCAAGUCUUCACACCUGGACAACCAGGGUGAAAAUAGCAAAAACUGUCUCGAAUACGAAGGGCAAAUAAUGCACCUACCAAUGUAAUGCCGGCGAGGGGGGAGGCAGGGCAUAGGGUGGGGAUUUGACUUUUUUCAAAAAUUUUCAAUCAAAUUCCCUGCCCACGGGCAAAUCAUUCCAGUCAAAUGCAACCAAAUUUCCCCACCCCAGGCUGCACAUUGCUGUCAAUCCCAAGGCAGAACCUAAGAAAGGCACAAUAAAAAUAUCUCCAAAUAAAACUCUGCAAUCUUUUAUAAACGUUGCUGCAUAACCAAAGAUGCAUGUUCUGUUACAGCUGCAAUUAUACGUUUUAACCAUAAUCCGUGUUACACUGCGUAGAAUACAUAAACCUUUAGGAGAAAGUCCACGUUUUGUAAGUCUAAAUAUACCGUUCUUAGUUAAGGGUACAAAGAAAGUCAGUUUUAUAAGUUUACAGUGAUUGUAGCGAAUGAGCCAUACACUAAUCAAUUUUACUUGCAAAAAUCGACUCGGUUUCUCUUUACUUCCGCUUACUUUGAUACCACAGUAUAUUAAGAGGUUCAAUUGAUCCAAAACACGCUAAAACAAACGAAACUUGAAGACAAAACAGUGAAAUCCACUCAGCCUUCGCUUGCUCUCAUGGGCCUCCAUGACUUCCUGAUCUUUUCAAACCGUAUGGCGCAUGCGUGAAGCGUGGAAGCGGGAAACAUAUGUUCGGUCUCAGUCUUUUUUCGUCCGAGUUGGCAGUCAAAUAUCUCCACGUCGGGCGAAGAAAGAUUCAAAUAUCCCCUCCCGGGAGAACAAGAUAAGUCAAAUGCCCUACCCCAGGGACUUGGUACAUGGCCAAAUAGGCGACUUUCGCUACAAGUUUAGUCGCCAAUUCUUAUUCUUUACUCGCCAUGGCGACCAAAAUGGUCGCAGCUUGGAGCGCUGAAUUUAUUAGUGUUUUAAAAUAAUGUACAAUUUAUUGAUUUAAGUUAAGCAGUCACGUGUAAUUGUUUUUGUAAACAAAAUUUGACAGCCAGUAAUGCAGGCGUUUUCUCAGAGCUUGGGGAUCGCUCGAUUACUCUUUACUGAUUCUCAGCUCUGCUUUCAAAAUAAGAGUUUCCCUUGUCCAACAAAAACCUGCUAAUUUUGCAGACCGCCACGUAAAUUCGUCAGAGGCAGUUUCAAUGGUGUAUCCAAAGGGGACCGGAGUUACUGGAGCGACCCUGAGAAGAGUGGAAACCCGUUGAAAGUUUAUUGUGGUCGACAUGAGAGUUGUGAGAUCUGCUCUUAAAAAACUGUUCUUCACAUGAACUCACAUAACUUCCCUUCAACAGAAUGUUAGUUAAAACUUGGAAAGCCUAAAACAGAUCAAGACAAUUAGAAUUAUCAAUUACUGGAUAAGGAUGAUCUGCAUAAGAAAAACAGACAUUGUUUGCUGCCGGGUCAGCUUUUCUCUAAGUUAUACCUGUACCUUUAAAACGGUUGUUUUUCCUUAUUAAAAACAACUUUCCAUUUCAGGAGGAUGGCUCCUCGUUUCCAACGUUGUGAUUGGUUCAACUCCACCCUCUCAGCUUCCAGUCAAGACUUCAUACCGUGGAAUAACCAGCGAUCAGAUGGUUCUCACAAAAACCGCCAUGAAUGAGCUGAGAACAAACUUGUCUUUCACCCAACUGAGAUUCCACUGCAGUAAAAACAAUGGACGUACGUUCCACGUGACCACUGUUGCUAACACCACCGGUGAAGCUGUAGUCCGGUACUUCAGCGGUCAGACGGAUGUCCAGCCCGCCUCGUGUGGCUCAUAUGUCAGAAUGGAAAAUGACAACUCAAGCCUGGCAAGAGUUUGCCAAAAUUGGGGAUCGGAAAAUGGCGUGUACACAGUUGGCAAAUGGGGUCAUGGUCAAAAUCAAGACAGGCUGUAUAUAUAUUCUGCUUUCAUAGUUAGCGAAUAUCAUUGGUACAUGAACCCACCUUAUUUUUUUUGCGAUGAUAAAAUCCCAAAUCCAACAUCUGGUGAUUUCUGGAAAGUCUAUGUUCGCUAA